AUGAGUGAUCUUGAAAAGGAAGAUGCAGAUACAAAAAGAGCUUACCAGCGAUGUAAACGUAGUUACCUAGGUUUUCACAAUAUAAGUACAAAUCAGUCGACAUUUGCAGCAAAUAAGACCACUCUUGGGCAAAUGAAAAACACGGUAAAUGAUAUAAAUAACUGGAAAUCCAAUAAAAUACAUCUGUAUGACUUGAGAAAUAAGUUAAAUGGCUUUAUGCCAAAUAGUACACAGUUUUAUCUAAGUUCGAAUGCAAGCCUCAGUUCUCAGAAGAUGUUUCUGAACAAAUCGCCUACCGAAAGAAGUACUUACAGGCGCUGUAGCAUUGUGGGUAAUGGUGGUAUACUGAAGGACAGUGGAUGUGGAGAUGAAAUCGAUAAGUCUGAUCUUAUUUUGAGAGCUAAUCUUCCAGUGAUUCGUAAUUUUACACAUGAUGCAGGGAGGAGUAUGAAUCUAACUACGUUCAAUCCAAGUAUAAUUUACAACAGAUUCAAUUAUAGUAUGAGUGCAUUCAGUGAAGCCUUGGAGGAAUAUGAAGGUCAUAUACUAUUUACUUCAACGCCAAAUUUCACUGUUCCUGCCAUGAAUCACAUAAAAAAGAACACCUCACUAGAUCUGCUGCUUCUCAAUAGAGACUAUCUUGGUUUAGUGAGAAGAUUUUGGAAGGUUGAGAAAAUUGUUUCAUCAGGAUUGCUUUUGUUAACUAUGGGAUUGCCACUUUGCGAGGAGAUUCAUCUGUUUGGAUUCUGGCCGUUUAACACAGACAUAGAUGGAAAUGCAUUACCUUAUCAUUACACUGGUGAUUCUGGAUUUGAUGAAGUGUUUGUAUGCGCCCACAAUAUGGGAUGGGAAAUGCAAAACCUCCUAGAGCUUCAUAAUCGAGGCAUUGUCAAGCUGCAUCUUGGGAAAUGCGGCCACACUAACGGAUUGUAA